UGAUUUUGCAUUUCCAGGGAGAGAACUGUAUGUAAACAAUACAGUUCUCUCCCCUGUCAGUUCCUGCACACUGCUUUGUAUGGCUCUGCAUAGCAGUGUGAUUAGAGUAGAAAGCACUAACACAGCACACAGUAAAACAGCACACAUCACACAGUUAACCUUUUGAUCACCCCACAUGUUAACCCCUUCCUGCUCAGUGCCAUUAGUACAGUGUCAGUACUUUUUAUUAGCACUGGUCACUGUAUUGGUGUCACUGGAGAUGCCAGUGACACCAAGUCAGUUCCCCCCAGUGUCAGAAUACCUGCCGCAAUCCCACUAU